UGAUCACCUGCGGCCCUUCAGAUCCACUGAGAGAAGUCGUCCAGUAAGAUGGAUUUAUUUCAUACAGCGCCCUCAAACACUUUGAUUAACAAUUUGCAGAUCGCCAUCCCGACAGUCGUUGGGAUUAUAAUCAGCAUAGCUUUGUGUAAAUGUCUCUUUCAAUGUCGAAAGAUGAGAGGUGAUCGGGCACAGCAGGCACAAGCAUCAGCACGUGCUCCGGAACCUCCUCCGGCCGUCUACACCAUCCCCAAUUCACCAACUCAAGAACAAGAACAACGACAUGGACCACCGCAGUACAACCUGCCACAGCAGUACCCCCCUCCUCCAGCUUAUAACGAGCUGAUGCUGAAGCCUGACUUCCCCAGUGUUCCUCCUCCUGCCUAUACAGAAGUCAUCGGCUCUCCGAUCAACCCUUCCGCCCCAGGUCAGAUCACUCCAUCCUGCCCUCCGCUGCCUCAGUGAUCCGAGUGUAGAGUAAAGAACCGUCACUGUGCAAUAGAAAGCUAAAAAACAAUAAAACAUCCUUCCUUCCAACACAACAGUAAACAGAUCAGAGAUUUAAAUCUAUAGCUGCUAUUUUUCGUGGUGAAAUCGUGUACAUAUUUGUAAGAUGUGUAAACAUAUUUUUAGGUUUAUGGAUGAGAAGCAAGCAUGUAAACAGUGGGUAAAUAAAAAUUUUAUCAGCUCCAGAAUUGAAUUAAAAGCACUUGGGCACCCUGAAGGCCAACACAGAGAGACUGAAGAGAAACCUCUUCCCGCAGGCGGACUCUCAAUCACAACACCACACAGGACUAAACACUCUGAUCUGCUUCUACUUAUACACCACUCAGCACAUUGAACAUUAAUGUACCUUUGCACAUGGUCUGCACUUUGCACAAGUGGAACUUUGCACAUUGUUCUGCUUAAGACUGGACAUUGCUUUUCCAUUUAAACUCUAUUUUAUUACU